CAUUACUUCUUAUAAGAGAGGCCGUGUGGAGACUUCCCAUGGAAAGACAACCCAGAUAUAACGGUGGACUGCGACUACGACUACCGAGAGACCUGGACCUGGCCCAGUCUGGUGUAUAUCCGCGGCCGCUGCCGUGUCUCCUGCCUGGAUGCCGAUUUGCUGGUUGGGCCUUCGGGAGACAGAUACGGUAACUACCGUGAAUAUUACUGCAGCGCCAACAACGCCAGCUGGACCGGAACCGAGCCUGUCUGUAUCGGUGAGUUCGACAACACCACAGUAACAGAGAGCGUGGCGAACCGAGUCCGGCUGGUGGGGGGAGACUUCUACGGCUGCGUGGAGCUGUACGAUGACGUCACACAGCAGUGGGGGCCUGUGGUUGGGUUCAGCUUUCUUAGAUAUCAGUCGCCAGUGUGGGAGUCCAGGAUGGCCUGGGCUGACCUAGCCUGCAGGGACGUCGGCUAUGGUGGGGGUUUGGCCACUUGGGCGUUCCUUUCGGGUAGUUCCUCGCAAAUCGAGAUAUCAAGGCACUUUCACCCCUCCUACUCCAGAUCUAGCCGGACGGGUCCAAACUUCUUCCUGAACACGGGUUCUGCCGUGUCUGCGGGAGGAGUUCAGCACCUGUACGACACGGUGUGGAGGGUGGUCCGGGGGGACUGCACGACGACAGAGAGCAGCCAGGACUGUGAUCGGUACCUGAUGUGUUUGGCCUGUCAGAAGGAACCAGAAAUCCAGGGUGACGUGUCCUGUAACGCCACCUCCAUGUGGGUCAGCUUCCGCCGGGAGGAUCUAGUCCGCCAUGACGAGUCCAGCAUGCACCUGCGCGACCCAUCAUGCAUUGCAGAGAUCAGCGACACUCACGUUACCUUCAUCACUGCCCUUGAAGAAAGUGGGACAACAGCGGCGGAAGACGGCGAAACCAACAAGAUCGUCUACAUCAAUGACGUGUUCGCACCGCUGCUGCAAAGUACCCCGGAUGGAGAUGACGUCAUCACCAGGACUACGGAGGACCGCUGGACAUUCAGCUGUCAUUACGUCAGAGAUGACUCCGUGGCUGUCGGCGCUCUGUUUCCGGUUCCGGCUUCAAGCGUGGUGAUUCUGCACGGAGACGGGAGCUUCACCUUCAGCAUGAACCUGUACCGGUCAGACAGCUUCUCCCAGCCUUACGGGCAACCGGACUUCCCUGUGGAGGUGUCUGUGAGUGAUGACGUGUACUUCGGCAUCUCGGUGGAGGCGGCCGGCUCCGGACUGGUCCUGUUUGUGGACAACUGCAGAGCGACGCCGUCCGCGUCCCCUGGCGGAUCUACAGAGUACUACAUCAUACAGGACGGCUGCCACCAGGACGACACCCUUCAGGAGUUCACCCCCGCCUCGGCUACUUCUGCGCAGUACGGCAUCUCUGCCUUCAAGUUCUCCAACGAAUCACUGCCGUACGUUUAUCUGCACUGUGACGUCAUGGUGUGUCUGGAAAACAACCCCGACUCCAGAUGUGAGCAGGGCUGCGUCGACACGCGCAGGCGCAGACGGGCUUCAGACGGCGGUGUGGAGGAACGCGCUACCCUGGUGCAGGGGCCCAUCGUCCUGGUUCCUGAUGCCACUCCGGACGGCUGUGCUGACAGUUGUCACCUACAUGCUUCCUGCAACCCCGGAACAAGGAGAUGUGUGUGCGAACCUGGGUGGGUUGGAGACGGGGUCCACUGCCAGGAUUUUGACGAGUGCACGAUCGUGUCCUGCGGCGUCCAUCAGCGCUGCGUCAACAUGCCCGGAAGUCACGUGUGCGAGUGCAUGCCGGGUUUCAUUCAGGUGGAUGGGAGCUGCCAGGCCGUGCAUGCGUACCGGUCUACCAGCCGCCUAUUGGCCCGAAGCUUCACCCCGGAGCUGGAAGAUCAUGGGAGUCAGGAGUACAGGGACCUGGUGUCAGAGGUCACCAGCACGCUGGAGUCCCUGUACCGCCGGACGAGUCUGGCCGGAGACUUUCUCAGCGUCAUCAUCAUCGCCUUCCGGCCCGGCAGCGUCCUCGUGGAUCACGUGAUCAACAUCCGGGCUUCCGCGGACUUCUCUCCUGCCAUGACGUCAGAAGAGUUCAAGGUCGUUGUGGAGAAAGUCAACGGAACAGCGCUGGGCAUAGACAUGGGGAGUGGCGUCACCAUCACGGACUAUGACGAGUGCUCGGAGCCGGAGAAGACCGACUGCUCCCCGCACGCCGCCUGUCUCAACACCGUCGGCUCCUUCUCAUGCAGAUGCAUCAUGGGGUACCAGGACAAGUCCCCGGAUGUGACCUCGCGCCCCGGGAGGGUCUGUGAACCGGAAGCCGGUAGGCGAGCUCUUGUCGUAUUUUGA